AUCUCUUAUAAACAGAAAAUAUUGAUGCUCAAAACCUAGAAAACUUUCUGAAGGACAUGGGAAUUACACUCACAGAAGAUGAACAACAGGAGCUCCUGAAACGCCUGCCUAUUGAUGGCCUAGGGAAGAUAAAUAAGAAAAACGUAAUGAAUGCUGUUCAGAAUCUGACAGGAGGGAAGUUUGAUGUUAACAACCUGGACAAGGUUCUGGGAAACCUGGGGAUUGAGCUCACAGAUAAAGAAAUUGAGGAGCUGUUGAAUAACCUUCCAGUUGAUGCUUAUGGGAAGGUUGACCUGAAAAAAGUUAUGGAUCAUGUGAAAUCUAUUAAAGAAAACAUUGAUUCUCAAAAUCUGGAGAACUUUCUGAAGAACAUGGGGAUCACACUCACAGAAGAUGAACAACAGGAUCUCCUGAAACGCCUACCUAUUGAUCCCAAAGGGAAGAUAAAGCUGAAAAAUAUAUUGAAUGCUGUGCAGAAUUUCAGUGGAGGGAGUGUUGAUAUUAACAACUUGGACAAAGUUCUGGGAAACCUGGGGAUCAAGCUUACAAAUGGAGAAAUUCAAGAGCUAUUGAGUAACCUGCCAAUUGAUGCUAUGGGAAGGGUUGCCCUGAAUAAACUUUUGGAAACCGUGAAAUCUAUUAAAGAAAACAUUGAUGUGCAAAACCUGGAGAACUUUCUGAAGGACAUGGGGAUCACACUCACAGACGAUGAAUAUCUAGAUCUCCUAAAACACCUGCCAAUUAAUGCCAGAGGGAAGAUAAAUAAGAAAGACAUAAUGGAUGCUGUGAAGACUUACCACGGAGGCAAUGUUAGCAUUAACAACCUGGACAAGGUUCUGGAAAACUUGGGGAUAAAGCUCACAGAUAGAGAAAUUAAGGAGCUACUGAAUAACCUGCCAGUUGAUGCUGAUGGGAAGGUCGCCCUGAAUAAAAUUAUGGAGAAUGUGAAAUCUAUUAAAGAAAAUAUUGAUGCUCAAAACCUGGAAAACUUUCUGAAAGACAUGGGGAUCACACUCACAGAAGAUGAAUAUCAGGAUUUCCUGAAACGCCUGUCUGUGGAUGGCGGUGGAAAGAUCGAGAAAAAUAAAUUGAUGAAUUGCCUGAAGGAUCUUAAAGGAGUAAAGGUUGAUGUCCAUGAAUUGGACAAUGUCCUCAGCAACCUGGGGAUGGACCUGACGGAUCAGCAGCUUCAGGAACUGCUAACAGUUCUGCCACUUGAGUCUGAUGGGAAAGUGGAUCUCAACAAACUGAUAGAAUUUGCAAAGGCCAUCAAAGCCUCUGGAGGUUUCCUGGCUGCAAGCUGGGUCUUUAAAUGUGUCCCUCACAUGCAGACACUUUUAGAAAUAACAGUUUUCCAGUCUCUAAUUGUCAGGGAUAUCAACAGUAACCAGAUCCACUUAUAA